CGCACCCGAAUCCAAAACGAGUUGCCAUUGUUGGAGGUGGCGAGUGCGCAACACUCCGUGAAACCCUAAAACACAACACUGUGGAGAAAGUAGUCAUGGUGGAAAUCGACCCUGUGAUUGUGGAAGUGUCGAAGCUUUAUUUGCCAGAGUGGAACGAUUGUUCGAUGUUCAAGGGCAGCUCACGGUACUGCAUGGAUGACCCUCGCGUCGAGAUGCACCAUCUGGAUGCCUUGAAAUGGUUUAGGGAUCGCUUUUCCGACGAAGCCCGGUUAGAAGGACACGAAUUAUACGGAACCGAAGAAAAGUUUGACGUUGUCAUUCUAGAUGCAUUGUAAGUUGUCUUCUUGUCCCUGACCUUUUCGCACGAUGGAUCAGCCUCUUUCAGGCCUUUGGUAUCAUCUUUCUCAACAUGUGUUUUCUCCAUCCUUUGUGGCUACUUUCUACCAUCUCGUAAAUUACACUUCUAUUCCAAACUCCAAUCCAAAACUCAUAGGGAUCCACAAAAUGCAGUCGAUUUCGUCGAAGCUCUCUACGGAGACGGAGCCUUUUUGAAUUCAUUGUACAACUCGCUAACUGACACUGGUGUUCUACUGACGCAGGUUGGAGAAUCUGCAUACAUAGGUGAUAUUUCCGAGACUUACCCCGACAAUUUCAACUACCAACGUGCCAUGUACGAAAAAGGCUUGAAAAACCAAGGGUUCAAGAUGGUAUUUCAUUACGAAGAACCCAGAGCUGGUUUCAACGGAAUUUGGUCAUUUUAUGCAGCUUUCAAAGACGAUUCAUCAAGAGCAAGAUGGCAAAUGAACGAGGCACAACUUGAUCUCGAAAUCAGGAAGAGAGCCAUUCAGAUGGUUGACGAUAGAGAUGUGGAGGAAGGCGAAUUAAAAGGUCCCUUCGACGUUUUCGAUGGACCCACAAUGGCCACUUACCGAUUUCCUUCGAAGCAUGCCCAAGUUAUUUAUUGCCUCCGAGAUCCUCAGCCAUAUGGUUGUACCACAAAUAUCGAAGACCACCACAGUCGACGCAGACCAAUCUGGGAACCCACUGGAUUCGAUCCUGAAAUCCCAAAUUUCAAUGCGGAUAAUUUUGCCUUGGUUGGAAGCAACGGCAAGGGUCUAGUCCCCAGGGUUACUAUACCUGAGAAAUCAUACUUGAUGCUUGAACAGUCUAUUCACGACGUGCGUGUCGCCCCUUCGACAUCUUCGAUUUUGGAACGGGCGUCCGCCAAGAGUGUUCUCGGCACAACCAUUGGCCCUGUGGCGAGAUUCGUCUCUGGCAAUGCCAAUGGUCUCACCAUGCCAAGAAGAGUAAGGACAAAAACCAUCGUUUUCUGGGUUAUUGGAUUCGUCUUUCUUUCAGUUGUUUUAGUCCUCACUCUCUUCCUUGUACAUGCGUUUCGUUCUCAAUGAAAUUUAAUCAGCGGGAUAUUCACUCUGCGUACCGAGUCGAUUCUGGAUUGCUAUCUUUCAUUAAGCAUGGGUGUAACGGGAACUUUAAUACAGAAACAUACCAUUC